AUGCAGCGAACGCACAGCGACCCAGCGCAGAAUGCAAGUCUACCCACUGUCCCACUGCCCAAAGCGCCAGAUCCGAACCUGGACCCGGCCGGGUAUCUACGCAGCAUAUAUGCGGUGCGAGAGCGGACCAAGUUGGUGCUGGAGAAGGCGAAGAGGAACCAACUGCGGCACUUCACCGUGGACAUGUCCAAGUUCGCGGAUACGGCAGGAUAUGUAGUGUCCAUCAUCAAGCGCGACUACGCUCCGGACUACAGCAGUAUCCCUCCGCAUGGUCGGUGGCAGCACUUCGAAGUCGGUGGGCGACCACGUGUAGAUCAGCUCAUGCAGAGCUGGCCGAGCUCGGUAGACGCCCAGGAGCGGACACGGAGAUUGAUUGAUCUCUUUGUAGUGUCGGUCUUACUGGAUGCGGGCGCCGGUACCAAGUGGCAGUAUAAGUCUAAAGAGAGCGGCAAGAUGCUCAAGCGAAGCGAAGGUCUUGCCGUAGCAAGCUUAGAGAUGUUUAAGACGGGUCUCUUCUCAAGCAAUGCCAACCAGCCGUACGAGGUAGACAGUGUGGCGCUGAAGCGACUCACAGUGGACAAAAUGGCGAAGGGUCUCCAAGUCUCGGAGGACAAUCCUAUCGACGGACUGGAAGGCCGCACACGCUUGUUAAUACGGCUCGGCGAUGCACUCCGCAACCAGCAGAUCUUCGGCACUGAAGCCAGGCCAGGCAACAUGCUCGACUACCUGCUCUCGCACCCCUCAACCGUAGUGUCAGCGGUGCCCAUUAUCCCGCUGCCGACGCUGUGGACCACACUCAUGGACGGCUUGUCCAACAUCUGGCCCAGCACGCGCACUCAGAUCGACGGCGUACCGCUGGGAGAUGCCUGGCCGUGUGCCUCGAUGCCCUCACACCCUACGCACCCCUGGGAGAGCAUUGUGCCGUUCCACAAGCUGACGCAGUGGCUUACCUACUCGCUUAUGGUGCCCAUGGAGAAGCUUGCGAACGUGCACUUCGUCGGCAAGGAGCUGAUGACAGGCUUGCCGGAGUACCGAAACGGUGGUCUCCUGAUCGACACAGGGUUGCUCACGCUUAAGCCUGAGGACGCCAAGCGAGGGUUGGAGCAGUAUCAGAUGAAUGCGACGAGGCAAGGUCAGCCGAAUGUAGAGGUUGUACCACUGUUCACGGCCGACGACGACGUGAUAGUGGAGUGGCGGGCACUGACUGUUGGCUUCCUCGACAUGCUGUUGGACGAAGUCAACAUGCUACUGGGCCUCCAUGGGGACAACAAGCUGAGCUUAGCGCAGGUGCUGGAAGCGGGCACGUGGAAGGGCGGCCGUGAAAUCGCCGAAGUCUCGCGGCCCAAUACGAAAGAGCCACCGAUCAUGAUCCUCUCCGACGGCACAGUGUUUUAG